AUGGCAUCGGCUCCAGUACAAAGAUCGGAUGACCUACAGAUUGUCGAUGACAAAAGUCCAGAUGAUUCAUUCAUCGAGGAUGCCAAACAACGUGAGAUACAGGCCCUCGACGAUGACCCUGUGUUCAGCAGACCAGAACAGCGGAAAAUCAUUCAUCGUAUCGACCGCCGUCUGAUCACGACAACAGGGGCAAUGUACUGUGUUAGUCUGAUGGACCGCACCAAUCUGCCCAAUGCAGCUAUUGCGGGAAUGAACGUUGAGUUGGACUUGAACGUGGGCUUCCGCUACUCGACCAUCGCUCUGGUGUUCUUCAUAACGUACACCUUGUUUCAGCCACCAGCCACGCUUCUUUGCCGAAAGAUUGGUCCUAGACCUUUUCUCGCCGGUAUUUGUUUGGCUUGGGGGCUCGUCAUGAUCGGAUUUGGAUUCCCUCAAGACUGGGUGGUUAUGUUGCCACUCCGCCUGCUGCUGGGCGUGUUCGAAGCAGGCUUCUUCCCGGGCUGCGUAUAUCUCAUCUCAACGUACUAUUCUCGCUAUGAUAUGCAGAAGAGAUAUGCAGUUUUUUACAUGAUCGGGUCUUUGGCCUCUGCGUGCUCUGGAAUCCUUGCUUAUGGUAUUCAACAAAUGCACGGUCUGGCAGGAUACUGGGGAUGGCGAUGGAUUUUCAUUAUCGAAGGCGUCGUCACCUGUGUUAUCGCAUUCAUUGGCUUCAUUUUUCUUGUUGGUUUCCCGGAUCAGCUUGCGAAGAAGAAGUCAUGGCCGCCGUUCCUAAAUUCGGAGGAGAUCGCAUUCGUCAUACGACGAAUCAACAAGGACAGGAGUGAUGCCGACGCUGAAGAGUGGAACUUCAAGAAAUGGGCGUCUUCAGGCAAGGACCCCAAAGUCUGGGCGUUCGCCUUGGUCUUCUUCUGUCUUACAACUAUGGCCUAUGCCAUUUCCUACUUUCUUCCCAUUAUCUUGCGCGAGAACAUGGGCUUCUCAAUUGCCGAGUCACAAUGCCUUGCCGCCCCUCCUUAUGCAUUUGCUGGUAUUGUGAUGAUCUGCAUUGCCUGGGUGGGAGAUAAAUACCACAUUCGUGGACCACUUCUGGCAGGGAAUGCUGUGCUGGGCUUGAUUGGAUUGCCAAUCAUGGGUUUCGCGUCGCAAGCGGGGGUCCGAUACUUUGGAGUUUUCCUCAUUUGCGCAAGCUGCAAUUCGAGCAUACCUACAGCGAUGGCCUAUCAAGCUAAUAACAUCCGAGGGCACUGGAAGAGAGCAUUCUGCUCCGCAACUCUUGUUGGGUUUGGUGGCAUUGGCGGCGUCGCCGGUUCUCUAAUCUUCCGCUCGCAAGAUUCGCCUCAUUAUCGCCCAGGAAUUUACGCUGGAAUGGCAUGCAAUGGGCUGAUCAUCACCAUCGUUGUAGUCAAUUCACUCUACUUUAGACGGGAGAACCGCAAGGCAGAUAAGGAGGGCAAGGUAUUGGAGGGGAAUCCGUCCUUUAGAUACACUAUUUAG